CGAAUUGACGUACGCUAGCGGAAAAAACCUUUUACUUGGCAAACAACUAAAUGCCAUCGCCGAUGAUCGGACUAGUGUUAACGCGCUCGCAAAUCGAUCUCGAAGUGAUAGACUGGAUGAAAACGAUGAAUAUUUUCGCAUUAUUCACGCAGUGAAGGCUUAAUUAAAUAAUUGCAGACGUGCCACAAAGAAUUGACAAAGCAAUAAUAAUAAAAAAAUAAAUUUACAAAUAAAAACAAAAAAACCUCAAGUGAAAGUGCAAAAAGAUCUACGCCAAGAUUUCAUCAAACUCGCUGUAAUAGCAACUCCUGAAAAAUGUGCGAAUAUCGUAGGCGUAUACGCAACUUCAAUUCUGUCAAGCAACUAGUGCGCGCGCGUCAGUUUUGUGCGGCGUAUAUUGGCAAAACAUAAGCAUUAACAGCAACAACAAAAAUUUGCACUUUUACAAUAAAUUUUGUGUGAGUGUCAAGUGAUUAAUUAGCAGUUUAGAAUCUGCGUUGGGAUUUGCCGACGCCGUCGGUUGAACACAGCAACGACAGUCAAGAUGUCGACGCAGGCGAGUACUUGCAACGGCUUCUUCCAGGAGCAUGCGAAUAGCGCAUUAAAUCAAUAUUUCCAGCAGCUAAAUUCAAGUGCGGCCGCCGCAGCGAUAGGUGGCAUGAGCAGUAGCAACAACAGUGAUAGUAGUGCAAAUGAAGGCAGUGGCGGUGCGAGUGUGAGCAGUUCAUCGCUGGAGGGUAACCGUAGUAGCGUGAGCAGCAUUGAUUCAGCGAAAUCGGUGAAUAGCAGUGGAAGUGACAGGGCCACGGUGCAAUGGAAUAGUAUGCAACAGCAGGCGCAACAACAGCAACAACAUCAUCAUCAUCAGCAGCAGCAGCAACAGCAACAGCAGCAGCAGCAACAGCAACAACAGGAGCAGCAACAGCAGCAUAUGCAUCACGGCCAACAGCAGCACAGUUCACAUCAGCAGCAAGAACAACAAGUGCAGCAGCAGCAGCAGCAGCAACAACAGCAGCACAAUCAUCAUCAGCACCAGCCACAACAGCAGUCUCAUCAUCAGCAUCAACAUCACCACCAGCAACAUCAACAACAACAGCACACGCACCAACAGCACCAGCCACAACAUACGCAUGCCGCCACCCACAGUCAACUGUCGUCGCUAAGCCAAACACUCUCACAAAAUUUGGCCGCCGCCGCUGCCGCCUCAAGUGGCUCCGCCAACACCAAUCCACACUCCAUUUUCGGCACCGGUAAUUUUCAUUACAAAACCAACAACUCCUGGACAAUACCGACACUCUCUUGCUACCAGCGCCUCUAUAAUGAUAACCAACAACACUAUCACCGUCAAUUUGUCGGCAGUGGCAGUGGAGGUAGUGGUGGCAACAGUGGGGCUGGAGGCGGCGGUAAUAGCGUCGAGACGCAAUCUCUGGCACAGGUGGUUAGCAGUGGGACCGGUGGUAGCGCUGGGGGCGGCAAUGGACUUGGAAGUUGUAAUGUUGGCGUAAAUGCAAAUGCCGCCGCAGCAGCAACGGCAGCCUCUGUACAACAUGUUGCCAAUGCGGUGGCGGCCGCUGUAAUGGCCAAUGAACAACAUCAGAAUCAUUUGAAUAGCUUGAAGGCGCGCUUUCAAGCACCCGGUAAUGCAGGCAGGAAAUCUCCCUUUUUGGGGUUCAUUUGCAAAACCAACGGGAAAUCCUCAUCGAAUAACAAAGAAGUUAUCUGUGGCGAUGACAAAUACAAAGAAGAGGGUGAUCUCUGGAAUGUGGAGGCCCAAACCGCAUUCCUCGGCCCGAAUUUGUGGGAUAAAACUCUGCCGUACGAUGCCGAUCUUAAGGUAACACAAUACGCAGAUUUGGAUGAAUUCCUAUCGGAGAACAAUAUACCUGAUGGCUUGCCUGGCACCCAUUUGGGACACUCAAGUGGCUUGGGGCAUCGAUCUGAUUCGCUAGGGCAUGCAGCUGGUCUGGGACUGGGUCUGGGUCAUAUAACGACGAAACGUGAACGUUCCCCAUCGCCAUCGGAUUGCAUAAGUCCGGAAACAUUGAAUCCACCAUCGCCGGCUGAGUCAAUAUUUGACCUUUCAGGUUUCUCCUUUGCGUCAUCGGGGCGAGACUUCGAUCCACGCACCAGAGCAUUCUCCGAUGAAGAGCUCAAACCACAGCCGAUGAUCAAAAAAUCACGCAAACAGUUUGUGCCCGACGAAUUGAAGGAUGACAAAUAUUGGGCACGCCGCCGGAAGAAUAACAUUGCCGCCAAGCGAUCCCGUGACGCACGCCGCCAAAAGGAGAACCAAAUAGCGAUGCGUGCUCGAUAUUUGGAAAAGGAAAAUGCGACAUUACAUCAAGAAGUGGAACAGUUGAAACAGGAAAAUUUGGACUUGCGUGCGCGUCUCUCAAAAUUCCAAGAUGUGUAAUGUUAAGAAGUACCACCCAACUAUACUAUAUAAAUAUGUAUAUCACCUCCAAAAACACAACCACCAGUCUUAGAUGCAACCAACCAGGCAAUUUAAUAUGAAACAAAUAUAUUAAAGCAAAUCAACAGUUAUUCAUGGAGCGACAAAGGAUCUGAAGAUCAGACAUGCAUACAUAUGUAUGUACAUAUGGGCAAGCAUGAUCCUGUGUGCAGCUUACAGAAUGAAACGGAAGAAAAAACUCAUGAUACAUUUUUCACACACAAACACAUGCAAAUACACCAAGUAAAAAAACAUCCACAUAAAUUUACAGACAUUAAGGAAUUACUUGCAGCUUAUUAUUGAACCAGCGACAAAAAGGAAAUUCUUAAUUUACAUUUAAAUAAAAUAGAUAAAAAACAACUACAAAAUAAGCCUACAAAUAACGUAAAGUAACAUAAAAUAUAUGAAAAGGAAGCAACAACUACAACAAUUGGCACCCUCAAGAAGGUGUCAAGAAAGGAGGAGAAGAGUAAAAGCAAAAGAAGCAUUAAAUAUAAAAACUAAAAAUACAUUUAAACAGAAAAAAUCAAAACAAAAACAAAGUAAAAUUCCUACAGAAAUCUUAAAAUAGUGCUGACACAAAACCAACGGGGGUCAAAGCAAAACAACAGAACCACAAUAGAUAAAAAUCAAUAGAGAAGAAAAAACACAAUGUGAAGAGCAGCGCGGUGGCUGGUGACUGGGAGGCAGACGAAUCUUGCAAUAUACUCACGUUGUGCAGCAGCGGGAUAUUAGUGCGUCUACAAGAAAACAGCAACAAUAAAUAGAGAAAAAGCUCGAAGAAACUGCAAAAUUGGCUAAUAACUCGAUAAAAUAUUGGGUUUGUUCAACACUGAAAAAACAAAAACAUACAAGCAAGCACGCAUGCAUACAUAUACAAGUAUAUGUAGGUGUAUUACUAUACACACAUACAUACAUAAUUUAUAUACAAAGGAAACGCAUACACGCAAGCAUAGAAAUGAAACUAUUCAAGUUAUACAGCAUACACAUACACAUACGUAUGCGUACAAAGGCAAUUUAUGUGCGUAUGUUUAAGCAGCGAUUUAGGUAAUAAUACAUCCAUACACAUAUACAUACAUGCAUGUGUAUAUGUAAGGCGAAAAUUUCGCAAACAAAAGUUAUAUUAAAAAAUUAUUGUUAAAAACAACUGAAUGGUGAAGAAACUGCUUACGACAUUUAGACUAAACUAAUCUUAUUAUAAAAUAGUUGAAUAAAGUUACAAAUGAAAAACAAUAAAAAAACCAUGUGAAAUAUAGAAAUAAUAGCAAAAAUCAUUAAGAAAAAAAUUGCUUGUAGAUACACACACACACACACAAAUCCACACACACACACACGCACGCGCAUACAUACAGGAUCAAAAAAUGUAGUUGCAUUUAAAAUACAGCCUAAACAGAUCAAUAGGAAAAGCAAUAGUUGCACAAAGUUGUCAGCAACAUAAGCAAACAAGUUGAGUAAGCAUGCUGCUGCAACAUGUUGCGGCGAACGACAGGUUGCCGGGCAUUAAGAGCCAUAUAGACAAUGCGAAGAGCUGCCUAUUUGACUUUUAUGUGAUUUCAAAUUUGGUACGGCAAAGUAGGGCGGACAGAUCAAAAUACAAAACAGACGGAAUGCAAGACUUUUUGUAAUUCUGCCGUGACGUAAUUUUUGGAUUAGCUAUUAGUUAUGAUCGAUUUAAAGCUGCCGAAAUAGCGAACUUUUGUUAAAUAACGAAAUAAAAAGUCAGUUGAAGAAGAAAAAAUGGAACAAGAAAAUAUAAGCCAGCUGAGCUCAACAAGAGAUUCAAAUUCAGUGAGAACUCAAUAACUGCUGUGUUCUCUCAUUCUUAUUAUCAAAACAUGUGCAUUCGCCUGUACAAAGUUUUGAGCAAAUGAAGUGAAAUGAAAUGAAGCAAACUCUUUAGAAAAUGCAAAUCGAGUGGAUUUUGAAAUCAGCAUUUGAUAGGUAGCUAGAUUAAAUGGUUGACGUAUACUAGUCUGACACUCCCCAUGCAGCACUAAAGCGCAGUUUUGAUAAAAUUCUGCUUCACGUCAACCGGCAUAUAUCUAUGGUACAGCCAACCAGCGCUGUUGAUAUAAUGAUGUUGGUGUGCGCCGACGGUUGAUGGGAUUUAGGUUAGAUCACUUUCCCAGGCUGUCAAAGAUAGGAUCACCCAGAGCACACCUUAAACGUCUAGCUUCCAACUCGGGCAUUUAUAGAGAAAGUGCUCAACAGUCUCCUUCUCUGAAAGGUUCUCACAGCUUCUGCAAAUUCUUUUGCUUAAAGUUUAAUUUGUACAACAAAAACAUGCUGUAUAUUACCAGCUUUAAUAUUUCGACAAACAUUUCUGAACGAUAUGUGAGCCGCUCUUUUCUUCUAUGUACAAUAAUUAGCAAUGGAUUUUUGAAACACAAAAAAAAAAUACAAAAAGUGAAUUUCCUUUAAGUUCUUUAUACAUAUAUACAUAUUUUGAGAA